AUGGAGGAGGUGGAUAAUAUUAUUAUCCAUACAUUCAGGCAGAUCGGCUGGUAAGAAUACGGUGCACACAGUGUCUGGCUGUUCUCUAGUCGUAAUUAGACAUCUUAAGGUAGUUUUUCUCUAAAAUGAAGUGGAAAUGGAAAGUUUUGUAGCGUUAUCGUGCCCAGGGGUGAUUUGCAAUUCAUACCCUCUUCUCUUGCAGUAUCGAGGUCUUUUGAUAUCCUCUCUCGAAAAUGUUUUGCGACGCUUAGGUUCAUCUCGUUUAGCAAACCGUUUUAAAACACACAAACAACAUUUUUGGAUUUUUGCAUUUCUGGUUAAGAGUGGUUAAACUCCACUAAAAUUUGUUGUUGAUUAAUCCUCUUCUUCUCAAAAUGCUAGUGACAUCCCUGAAGAUGUCUCAAGCUUGAGAGAGUUUACGACAGCCAUGAUUGUUGGUGCAACAUCCAAAUGUCUUCGUAUGAUCAAAGAUGAUCUGCAGAUUCCUUCGGUGUUGCCUGCUAGCAUGUCAUCCAAGUUUAGGUUGGGGACAACCUUAGCUACAGCUUGUCAGGUAGGUCUUUUGUGAAAACAAAGCUGUGAACAAUGGACUACAAGACAAUGGAUGUAUAUACUGACAGAAGGCAUAAGAAUGAUUUAUUGAAUUGGCUGGGUACCAGACAUUUUAUUUUGGGCAGGACAAACUGCAAGGGUCUUAAAAACAUAACUGAUGAAAAUGUGAUGGACAAAAUUCCGCAAGGAAGCACAAACUCAUUGGUAUUGCCGGCACCUUACACAUGUACCCAGUCAUGUCUUAUGUUCUGUCCUCAUCAGCAACUGGCCAUAAUGCUUAGUUUGGUACUGUGGAGACCCAGGGGGGCGGUACUCCCUAUAACGGCCUAUACGGGGAGGCUCCGCCCGAAAGCGGUGCCUUUUUCAAGCUUCAGGUAUAUGAAGGGGUAGGGAUUUUACUUGUUGAAGUGUAUGGAAGGGUAGGGAAAUCUGUCAUUUGGGUCUGUGAAAGGGCCCAAAGGGCCAAACGGAUGAAUUUUAUGGCUUUAUAAAGUCGGGAAAACGUUCUAUUUUUGUGAUUGAUUCCUAUUUAAAUGACAAUGCAUUUACAUUAGUUAAAAGGGAUGCAAAGUUCUAAAAGGUAUACGAAAGGGGUAACUUUUUCGUGAAAAAUGGUAUAUAAAAGGGUAAGGGGUUGGACCUUGUAUAAAAAUUUGUUGAGUACCCCUCCUGGGUAUGGAGGCCAUGUUAGGGUAAAAUUCAGACUAGCAACAACAUUUUCUGUUAUUACAGUUCAUCCAUUGGAAUUGUGUUGUUAUCCUCUGCACCUUUUAUAUGUUACUGUCGGUGUGACUAGACCAGUGGCUGUUCAACUAUGAGCAUAUAGCGAACCAUCUGCUCUGUGACUUAUUUGCUUGUAGGAAGUGGGUUAUCGUGGGGAAAUAGGGUACCAAACAUUCCUUUACUCCAAUGAAGCAGACAUCAGGAAGUUGUUCAUGUUUUUAGUGGAGAAUCUUCCAAAAGAGAGUUCAGAAUCAGCAAGCGAGCCAGCAAUGGGUAAGUUAACAGACUAUCUGCCAACCACACUUUUUCACGGAGGUGUUUUGCCAGGAUAUUUAACUCUUUGAUGAUCAAUGAGCACUUGAUCUGAUCCGUAAAAUGUUGGUUUGGGGUGAGCAUGUGGACCUGAUGCAACGUAAAGCAACUCUGGUAACUCUGGAAGAGGUAACCUCCCCAACAAAACCUGUCUCCAGGUGCUUAGAGAACAGAAGGACGUGCGAACAAAAUUUUGAAAAAUAUUCAUGAUCAAGACCUCAAUGAAAAAGAAAACAAACAAACAACACUCAACCAAGGGACUGGAGUGCAGUGCCAUAAUGAUUCUUUUAUGUUGCUCAUUAAAAAAACUGCCCUUAUAAAUAAAUGAUAUAUUCAGUAGGAAAUGGAGUAAAUGUUUUCAAGGUCAUUUGUGUCACAAUAAAGAUGCACUGAAGCAAAAUAAAUUAAAGAACCUCUGUGUAAAUGUUAACUUUGUUAUAAGUUGCCUAAGAAUUUGAGUUUUUUUAAUGUAUACAUGUCACAUUCUUUUGUGGAUUGUGAGAUGACAUAUUUUUCUUUGUCGAUAUUGGUAUUGUUGUUGCCUUUAUUCACAGGGUCAGCUGUGAUGCUCAAUAGAAGGAUAGCUGCUGAGUUGUCGAAGAGACUUGCUAAGCCUUGGACGCCUUCUUUCUGUAAGAAAGACAACAUUAGCUGGACUGGAACUAAACCUCGAGCCUGGCAUAAGGAGGUGGGUGACAAAAGCACUAAUAAAAUGAACUACCUUCUUAAUAUCUUCUUGUGCCUUCUGGUUUGAGUACAAAGAGUGCGAUACUAAACCCACAGUGAUAAAAUAAUAAAGGAACUUACAGUUAUAACCCUAACGUUCAUCAGAAUUAAUGAAUUUGUUGUGUAACUUAAAAAUGGUUACAUUAACUUCAAAAUAUUAUCUUGAUUUGCAGGGAACCAGAUGUGUCAGAAGGUUUCAUGCAUGCCCUUUGAGAAUCCCAGAAGGUUUGGGAGAUUUAACCAAGAAAAUACCCAAAGGUAAUUUACUGUCCAGUCUUCGAUACAAAAAUAUAAGUAUUUUAUCAAAUUUUCAACUAAUCAAAAACACUAUCCAGAUCUGGGUAGUGACCUGUCAUCAAUAUUCGUCAGACGUCAUUUUGCAGGGAAACCAGUUGUGACGUCACAAAAUGUUGGCUGUUUUCUCGGCAAGAUAAGCAUAUUAUAUGUUUUUUUAAUGUGCUCAAAAAAUGUUAUCUGUAGUAAUCUAUUAACAGUAGAGAGAUUCUUAUCUUAUUUUCCAUACUUAGCAGAUUCCAUGUGAUAUCCUACUGGUAUUGAUGGUACAGAUCACAAUCUCCAAUUUUUUUCUUCAAAAGAAACCGCUAGUGCCUGUUAUGUUACAGAAUGUUUCUGAUAUAUUUUCCUUGUUUUUUGUUUGUGUGUGCAGAUGUUAAGGCAUAUUAUGGAACUUCCUUGCCUUUUAUCACAAGUCAGCCAGCCUGUCGUCAAGAUGUAGCCCCAUCUGUGGUUGAAGAAAAUGCGAUAGCAGUCACCUUAGCAAAUGAGUGGGAGAACGAGUGGAAUCAGAGUGGACUGGCAUCACAACUCUCUAAAGAGGUAUGCAGUGAUAUUGUGAGCAAACUUUGUUUGUGCAGAAAACUACAGUGAAUUGAUGAUCUCACUACAUUGGAGGGAUAAAAGUGACGUGGCCUCUCUUUCAGGAUUAACAGUUACCAGAAGCUUAAAUUCAUGGCUAAUCCUUAUUUCAUUUUUUGUUAAAUACUAAAAACAAUUGUGCCAUACAAAAGCUCACAAGGUUUCAUUUGAAUGGUCACACCUAAGGAUUUCAUCCAUUGACUCAGAAACUGCAAUAGAUUUUCAUGCAAAACAAAUAGCACCAUGUUAAAGUCAGAACCACUGAGGAGUUUUCUUUUAAAUGGUAACACCCCGUUACUUCAUCCACAGACUAUGAUGUGGAAAACGAGGGGUACAAUGUGAAAGUACUGCUGAAGAGGUUUCAUUUGAUUGGUCACACCUUUGGAUUUUAUAUGAUAGAAGUAAAUAAUUAGAGUCCUUUCAAUAAUAUCAUAUUAUAGGCAAUUCAUUGACUCUAUAAGUGAAAGUGUUUAAGAAGAGUACAUUAUAGUAAUAAUAACUAUAAUUAUUCAUUAUUAAUUGUCGCGUUAAUUUGGCAAAGGAAUACCUGGCUCAGAAGAGAGAGCGUUUGGAAAAGAAGAUCAAGCAACAUCUACAGAGUGAGCUACAACGAGCAAACUUGGAUGCUGCUGCUAAUGCUGACCUCAGUGAUAUUGUAUCAUCUCUUUCUGGUAAGAAGUUGUUGUACUUCCAAGACCACCAUUAA